UAAAAAAAUUAUUCAUUAUUUGAUUGUCUCUAAGAAACCAUUAAUGUUAGUAUGUGUAUCAUAGCUACUACUAAAAUGAAGUGUUGUCCAUUGCAUAGUUGGUGGAUAUUGAUAAUGGUUGUUAUUGUGAUGUUCCCACCAACUGCAGGGGGUUGCAGAGAAGAGGAGAGAAGGGCACUACUAGACAUCAAAUUCUCCCUUAUUAAUACAUAUGAUUUGAAACCAGAAGAUCUUCUCCCCUCUUGGAUGGAUUAUGGCAAUACCCUUGUGGGUGAUGCUAGUGGCAGUGGGUGUUGUGAUUGGGAGAGGGUCAAAUGCAACACAACCACACACCAUGUCACACAUAUUUCUUUGGGCACACUGAACGGAAGAUCAUAUGUAGAUAAAAAAUUUUGGCCAUUAAAUGUUUCCCUCUUUCUUCAUUUUAAAGAGCUAAGAAGUCUCAAUUUGUCGCGUAAUUUUCUUGAUGGUGGAGUUAUGAAUACAGAACUCGAAAGGUUGUCAAGUUUGAAGAAACUGGAGCUGCUAGACCUCAGCAGGAAUUUUGAUAUUGACAAUGGCAUCAUUCCAUCAUUGGGUGCACUCACUUCACUCAAAAUUUUGGAUCUGAGUUACACUAAAUUGGGUGGAUACUUCCCUGCUAAUGGAAAAAUUUGCAGCUUUAGAAAACCUGGAAAUGUUGGAUCUAACAAACUGCCUCUUUACUGGAACAUUCCAAAUAGAUGCCUUAUAGCAUCUUUGAGUGUUCUGCCAUCACUUAAAGCCCUAGAUCUUCAAGGAAAUAGGCGAUUUCGAUCAUUUCGAGCUCAAGCUUUAGAAAAUUUGGAGGUGUUGGAUCUAACCCGCUGUGGAAUUGAUACUUUCGAAAUACAUGGUUUUGAAAAGGUUUCUAUAUUGAGAAAGUUGGAGAUUUUAUAUCUUAGGGAUAAUAGAUUCAGUGACAGCAUUAUAGCAUCCUUAAGUGUUCUUCCAUCACUUAAAACACUAGAUCUUCAAGCUAAUUGGAUAUCUCGAUCUUUUCCAGCUCAAGAAUUAGCACAUCUUACUAACCUAGAGGAGUUGCAUUUAAGUGAUACCAGCCUCCAUGGCACACCAAAUAUCCAAGCUUGUAGGAGCUUGUCGAGAUUGAAAAGGCUGAAGAGUAUAGAUCUUUCAUAUAACAAUUUCAACAAGAGCAUCAUAUCAUGCUUAAGUGCCCUCCCAUCCCUCAAGAUUCUUGACCUUUCACAUUCUUUUUCAUGGGGAAGUUCCUUUCCUUCCGAAGAUUUUCAUAAUUUGCCUGAUCUGGAAGUCCUACUCUUGAGAAAAAAUGGUUUUAAUGGAACAAUACCAAUGGAAGCUUUCUCAUCGUUCAACCAUCUUGAGGUCUUGGAUUUGAGUUACAAUCAUUUUGUUGGGAGCAUUCCAUCAACAAUACACACUUUAUCAUCCCUAAAAGCUGUAUCAUUCGCGUACAAUGAUCUUAACGGCUCAUUAGUGGAUCAUGGGUUCUGUGGGUUGAAGAACCUUAUGGAGUUGGAUCUUAGUUACAACAAGCAUCUUAGUUACAACAAGCUCAAUGGAAUUCUGCCUCGAUGUUUCAACAGUCUAUCAUCUCUUAAGAUGUUGGAUGUAUCUUCAAAUCAAUUCACAGGGAUACUUGUGCCAUCACUAAUUGCUAAUCUUACAUCUCUCGAGUACAUCGAUUUUAGUCAUAACAAAUUUGAUGGUUCAUUCUCAUUCAGCUCUUUCUCCAAUCAUCCAAAGCUUGAGGUAGUUCGAUUUGGAAGCGACAAUGACAAAUUUGAGGUGGAAACUGAAGAGCCUAUAGGUUGGAUUCCAAUGUUCCAGUUGAAAUUUCUUGAGCUAUCUAAUUGCAAUAUUAACAGGCGUAAAGGACACAUGGUUCCUAUGUUUCUACUUCACCAACACAAGUUACAGGUAGUAGACAUGUCUCACAACUCCUUGAGAGGAUUGUUUCCAAAUUGGUUGAUUAAAAAUAAUACGAAUUUGGAAGCUCUUAAUCUAAGGAACAACUCCUUUGGUGGCAUUAUUAGUAUAUCUUCAUAUAGAAAUACUAAUAUGCAAGAGUUAGAUGUUUCUGGAAAUCACAUGAUAGGUACAAUUCCCAACGAUAUACAAAAGUUUGCUCCCUACAUAGUCCGUUUAAAUUUGUCUAUGAAUGCUUUAAGUGGUGCUAUCCCGUCUUCAGUUGGUGAUUUGAACGAAUUAUCACUUUUGGAUUUGUCUGAUAAUGAAUUAUCUGGAGAAGUACCAAAGGGAUUGUUUACAAACAUGUCUAGUUUGAUGAUCUUGAAACUAUCAAACAACAAAUUGUAUGGCGAGGUACUCUCAGGGAAUUUAAGCUUGCUUAACAUCAACAGGGUUCACUUAGAUAACAAAUAUUUCACAGGGAAAAUUGGCAAGGAAAUUCCUGAAUAUCUUACUGCUCUGGAUAUUAGCAAUAACUUCUUUACAGGUAUGAUUCCUGGUUGGAUAAGCAACAUGAGUGACUUGUCUGAACUUCUGAUGAGAAAUAAUAGUUUUGAAGGCCGGUUUCCUUGUGGAAUAGCUCAAUUCUCAUUUCUGGAUAUCUCACAAAAUUCUUUCUCUGGGCCCAUCCCAUCCUGCUUAAAUUUGCAAGUUAUGGAGCAUCUUCAUUUGGGUUCCAAUAGAUUCACAGGAUGGAUACCUGAUCACUUCCGUAAUUUGACUAAGGUUUUGACUUUGGACAUAGGCAAUAAUAACUUGUCAGGCAUGAUUCCUGAAUUUCUUGGCGAACUAUCCACUUUAAGGAUUCUUCUUUUGAGAAAAAAUAACUUUAGUGGGUUUAUUCCGAAGCAGUUGUGCCAAUUAAGUAAUGUGAGUUUGAUAGAUUUAUCCCAUAACUCUCUUUCUGGUUCAAUACCCAGCUGCCUACAAAACAUUACUGGCCCAAGUGACCUUGCUUUCAUAGAAACAAGCGUAUCAUUGUAUCACAUGUUUUCUUCAUAUGAAUAUGUGAGUGCUAUACGAAGGUCGUAUAAUAUAUACUUUCAUAUAGAAGAGUUAGAAACACAAGAUGAAGUUCAGUUCACAACAAAAAAGCUCUUUCUCCACUACAAGGGUGACAUCCGUGAUUACAUGACAGGAUUGGAUCAAUCUAGUAACAAACUUACAGGUGAAAUUCCACAAGAACUUGGGUUGUUGAGCCAGAUUCGUGCUUUGAACCUGUCUCACAAUCACCUGACUGGGCCCAUUCCAGUGAACUUCUCAAAUCUUGCAAAGAUAGAAAGCUUGGACCUUUCUUCAAACAGUUUGACUGGAAAAGUUCCAUCCGAACUGAUUAAGCUGACAUCCCUAUCUACUUUCAAUGUUUCUCACAACAAUCUAUCAGGCAGACUCCCAGAAAUGAAAACACAGUUUGCUACCUUCACAGAGGCAAGCUAUGAAGGGAAUCCACUUCUUUGUGGACUGCCUUUGGAGAAGAAAUGCUCUACUGAUUCACAGGUGACCAAUUCAUCAGCUGAAGAAGACAAUGAGAAAUGGUAUGCUAUCGAUAUGACAUGGUUUUAUGUAAGUUUUGGUUCCACAUGGGGUGUGUUGUUAUUGGGAUUCGUUGCCCUUCUUUACAUCAAUCCUUACUGGUGUAGAAGGCAAACAAAAGGGGAUUGUAUAGAAGAGGAGAGAAAGGCACUUCUAGAAAUCAAAGCCUCCCAUAUGAAGUCAUAUGAUUCCGAAAUGGACAAUUUUCUCCCUACCUGGGUUGAUUAUGACAACAGUACCCCUGGGGAUGGUGGGGGCGACUGUUGUGAUUGGGAGAGGGUCACCUGCAACACAACCACCGCUCAUGUGACAGAGCUUUCCUUGUACUAUUUGAGAGGGACAGACGAUAACAUAAAGUUUUGGAGCAAGUUUUGGCCAUUGAAUAUUUCCUUGUUUCUACAUUUUAAAGAGUUGAGGAGUCUGAAUUUGUCAGAUGAUUUUCUUGAUAAGGAGAUUAUGAAGAUAGGACUAGAAAAGUUGUCGAGUUUGAAGAAGUUGGAGGAACUAGACCUAAGUUUCAAUUAUGAUAUUGAUAAUGACAUCCUUCCAUCAUUGAUGACACUCACUUCACUCAAAAUCUUGGAUCUUAGCUUCACUAGCUUGAAUGGAAACUGUUGA